GCGGGGAGGGAGUGCAUCCACGAGCAGAGGGAAGAUAGGAGGGCUGGGCUCUGCCUCAAUCUGCUCGAUCCGAUCAGUGCUGCAGUGAGCGUUUUAUAGCAGGGGACUGCUGGAGCACCUGAGAAGAUCUGCAUGACUAUUGCCAAGAUGUCAUGGCAGCCUCAAUACCGAAGCUCAAAGUACCGUCAUGUCUUUGGUAAGCCUGUAAACAAAGAGAGCUGCUAUGACUGCGUGCCUAUCACAAGAAGUGUUCACGACAACCAUUUCUGCGCGGUAAACCCAGUCUUCAUUGCGGUAGUGACAGAAUGUGCCGGUGGUGGAGCCUUUCUUGUUAUACCCUUACAGCAGUCAGGAAAACUUGAUCCUCAUCACCCAAAGGUUUGUGGUCACAGAGGAAAUGUACUCGACAUCAAGUGGAAUCCCUUUAAUGACUAUGUAAUAGCUUCCUGUUCAGAGGAUGCAUCGGUGAAGAUUUGGGACAUCCCAAAGCCAUGUCUUAGUAAAAACCUAACAGUCUCCCGGAAGGAGCUACUGGGUCACACCAGAAGAGUCGGGCUUAUCGAAUGGCACCCAACAGCUAGUAAUAUUCUUUUCAGCACGGGCUAUGACUACAAGAUAAUGAUAUGGAAUCUUGACAAUGAGGAUGCCAUCAUACAUAACCCAGUGAAGACCAUUGAUUGUCAUAAAGAUGUCAUCCUGUCCAUGUCAUUUAACACAGAUGGAAGUCUUCUCGCCACGUCUUGCAAAGACAGAAAAAUUAGGAUAAUUGACCCUCGUCAAGGACUUCUUGUACAGGAGUCCAAUUCCAAGUCCCACAAAGUCAGCAAAGUUUUGUUUCUGGGAACUAUGAAAAGGCUGCUAUCCACGGGGACAUCCAGAUGGAAUAAUAGACAGAUAGCCCUCUGGGAUCAAGAUAAUCUCUCUGUGCCUUUACAUCAAGAGGAUUUGGAUGGAUCCUCAGGUCUGCUCUUCCCAUUUUUUGACACUGACACAAAUAUGCUGUACGUGGUAGGAAAGGGAGACGGUAAUAUUCGAUAUUAUGAAAUCAGCACUCAGAAGCCUUAUUUGCACUACUUAAAUGAAUACCGAUCCUAUCUGCCUCAAAAAGGAAUUGGUGUUAUGCCAAAGAGGGGCGUUGAUGUAUCGUCCUGUGAAGUCUUUAGAUUCUACAAGCUAGUAACAAUUAAAGGCCUGAUCGAGCCUGUUUCUAUGAUUGUACCUAGACGGUCAGAAUCAUACCAGGAUGACAUUUACCCAAUGACAGCUGGAACCCAGCCAUCUCUCACUGCACAUGAAUGGCUGAAUGGAAUUAAUAGAGGUCCUGUGUUGAUAUCUUUAAGGCCAGGGUCAAAAUUCACUACUUCCCAAGUGGAAAAAACUAAAGAACCACCAACAAUGCCUGCUAAAGAGUCAAAAAAAGAAGAAAAAAAUCUCGGAAAGGCAGUGGUGGAGAUUGAAUACAAAACAGAGAUCUUUAGGGAAGAUCAGGGAAGAAAAAGAGCAACAGGAAGAGUCCAAGAAACCAUAAAUUCGAUAUCCAACGGCUUUGACUGUCCACCACCCAAGACCGAAAACGAGUUGUUGCAGACGUUCUACAAGCAGCAGGAAGAAAUCCGUAAAUUGCGUGAGCUACUGAGCCAAAGAGAUGUCCAGAUCCGACAACUUGAAUUGGAAAUCAAAAAUGCACGCAACAGUGCAGCCACUUAUUGACUAUACUGAACCUACGGCCACCAGAAUGUAACACGCUAACUAAAAGCCUCCAGAGAAUGUCUAUUAUGUCUAUUUUAUUUUUAUGUAAAGGAAGAAAGAAGAAAAAAAAAAGAAUAUACAGAAAUGUAGCAAGGCUACAUGGUGCACAUGCUAUUUAUCAUCUUUUAUUAUCUGUAUUUUUAACUUAAUUUUUUAAUUGUAAUUGUGGCUUGUUAACCCUUGGGGGAUCUAACUUUAAAAUGACGGAUGUACAAAUAAAAUAUCACUUGCCUUAAGUGAGCCAAAAUCGUUCUAAGCAGUUGUAAUCUGGAGUGGGCUUCUCACAUAUGAGGAGCCGGAGCUAGCGAAGGUUAUAAGAGGAGCCAGAGCUAGCGAGGGUUUUUCUAUACAGAUACAACCUACAAAACACUGGCUGUGCAGCAAAACGGGUGUUUAAAAUACUUCUGUAUGAAA